AUGCGCCGCGGCUUCUCAUUCCCCCAAAAGGCAAGCGGGUUGGUGACGGCUGUCUGGCUUGAGUUCCCAUUGAGUAAUAAGACGCAGUGGCCCGAAGUUGCACUUUAUUCAAGAGCUCUCAACGUCACUCUUUCGAAAUACAAUAAUGCGGUCGCGACAAUGCGACAAUUUGUGGUGGACACUCAUCGCCGCCCACUUACCCCGGGCCCGACUUUUUUAACCUCUUGCGCGCCGAGGAGCACCGUCAAUCCUUGCAAAGUGAUUGACAUGCUUCAGACUUUCCACAGUCGGAUUUCCUCAUGUCAAUCAAUGGCAGAGAAUUCCAAAAUGCAGAUUCCAUUCGGAUUGAGACCCCUCCACGAAGUCAGUUGGGUUGAGGAAAUAAUUGGGUCCACACUCCCCAAAGCGGAAGUCUUACCCACUCUACAGACUCUCGUCCCUCCUCGCCCGAGUGAAUGGCGCGCAACUACGCGCUGUGGUGAUUUUUCAGCGAAUCCGACUUUAUUAUCACCAGGUGGUGUUCUCAUUUCUCGCUGUGCAUUAUCGCCAGCGAAAACUGUCGUCGACAUCCAGGUCGACUCGACUUUUUGCGAUCGGAUUGCUCAGAGGCCAAUGGCGUUCGCUAAGACACUGGUAUGGCCUUCUUACUUCCCUUCACGUUCUCAGUCGCUGCAAUGA